AUGUCCUUCUUCGACGGGAUCCCGAUGGCCGCCCCGAUCGAGGUGUUCCACAUGAACAACCUCUACCUGCAGGAGACCGAUCCCAACAAGGUCAACUUGACGAUUGGAGCCUACCGCACCGAAGAGGCGAAACCCUGGGUGCUGCCCGUCGUCCGCACCGCCGAGGCCGCCCUCGCCGCCGACCAGACGCUCAACCACGAAUACCUGCCGGUGCUCGGAUUCGAGCCCUUCUCCAAGGAGGCCACCAAGCUCGUCCUCGGCGCCGACUCGCCAGCCAUCAAGGAGGAUAGGGUUAUCGGCGUGCAAUGCCUCUCGGGCACCGGCUCGCUGCGCGCUGGCGCAGAAUUCUUGGCCCGCGUCCUUGGGCUCAAGACUGGAUACUACAGCAACCCGACAUGGGGCAACCACGGGCUCGUCUUCACCAACGCCGGCUUCACCCAGCUCGGCCAGUACACCUACUGGGAUCCCGUCAGCAAGCGCGUCGACAUUGAGAAUUUGUUGAAGGACCUCGAGGCGGCGCCCCCGAAGUCGGUGAUCAUCCUCCACGGCUGCGCCCACAACCCCACCGGCAUGGACCCCACGCAGGAGCAGUGGAAGCAGAUCUGCGAGGUCAUGAAGAGAAAGAACCUGUUCACCUUCUUCGAUAUUGCCUACCAAGGGUUCGCGUCCGGCGACCCGGACGCCGACGCGUGGGCCAUCCGCUACUUCAUCGACCAGGGCCUCGAGAUGGUCAUCGCCCAGUCGUUCGCCAAGAAUUUCGGCCUGUACAACGAACGCGUCGGCCACCUGACCAUCAUCGUCAAGGACAAGGCCGUCAUCCCGUCGUUCAAAUCCCAGAUGCAGCUCAUCAUCCGUGCCAACUGGUCGAACCCGCCCGCCCAUGGUGCCAAGGUUGUACACAAGGUGCUCUCCGACCCGGUCCUUUGCCAACAGUGGCACGAUGCGAUUAAGACGAUGUCCAGCCGAAUCCGCGAGAUGCGCGCCGCCCUCCGCGAACACCUCGAGAAGCUCGGCACGCCCGGCACGUGGGACCACAUCACCCAGCAGAUCGGCAUGUUCUCCUACACCGGAUUGACAGCUGACCAAGUCAACCACCUUGUCGAGAAGCACAAGGUCUUCCUCCUCAAGGACGGUCGCAUCAACCUCUGCGGGCUUAACACGAAAAACGUCGAAUACGUCGCCAAGGCGUUCGACGAGACGGUGCGCAACGUGAAGAGCCACAUC